GGGCUCUGCUCUCUCUGCUCAGCAGACCGGGGGUUGAGCUUCCUGGGUCAGAUGCAGCCGCUGCAGCUCUAUUGUGAGCGGAGCGACCUGCGUUAACCCCGCUCUGCCCGCACCAGCCCCUGAGCCGGAGCCUGCAGGCUGCAGAAUAACGUCCGGAUUGAGAAAUGGCUGCUGUGGAACCAGCUCAGCAGAACCAGGCGCAAUGGGCGAUUGGCACAGCUGGGAUGCGGGGCGAACCCCGUGCCCUGGGGGAAGGGCGUUGUGGGAUCCCCAUCCAGCGUCCCAAGAGGGAGGAGAGCGAGGCUGAGGAGCAGAGUCCUGGCUGGCCCUUGUCCCCGCGGAGGCCAUCCCAGUCCUGGCUGAGAUGCUCAGAGGGGGAAGAUUCUCCAUUGAGGACGGCGCAGACACCUCACCGGUCUCAGGAAGGAGCAGACACUGCUGGCCUUGAACAAGUGGUGCCGUCCCGUGACUGGCCUCACGGGGACGAGGUUCCUUCGUUCCCCAGGGAGGCACCUGAGACCUGCGGCUCCAUGCGGACAGGCCCCACCAGGGGCCGUGCCGAGGGCAAGGCGGCCGUUUCAGAGCAGGCCAGCGAGGAAGCCCAUCGGUUGCAGUUCCGCUCAGGCGCUGCCCAGCCCGGAGAAGCUCCCAGGGAGAUGCUAGCCCGGCUCAGCCGGGCUGCUCGGCUCUGGCUGCGGCCCGGGGAGCGCACCAAGGAGCAGAUUGUGGACGUCAUCGUGCGGGAGCAGUUCCUGGGGGCGCUGCGGGCGGACGUGCGGGCCUGGGUGACGGCGAGGGAGCCCCGCAGCAGCGAGGAGGCGGCUGCGCUGGCUGAAGCCUGCCUGGGGCAAGGGGAGUCGACCCAGCCUGCUCAGGGGGCGGUGACCUUCGAGGAGGUGGCUGUGUAUUUCACGGAGGAGGAGUGGGCUGUGCUGGACCCUGGUCAGAGAGCCCUCUACAGGGACGUCAUGCAGGAGAAUUACAAGAGCGUGACCUCGCUGGCUCCCCUGGCAGAGGCAGAGGCUGGCACAGAAGGGAUAGAGCUGGAGAGUGCACCAGGAUUGGAGGAUAAACCAGAGGAGGUGCCUGAGCCCAAAAAGGAAGAGGACGAGGAUGAAGACUUCACCAAGGAAGAUGACCUCACUUACACCGACGACCUGCGAGAUGAGAAUUACCACACGUCACUGGACAGUGACUCCGAGCUGAAAAGAGAGCAAAGCCAGACCAAGAGCCGCAAGAGACCCGUGGAGGGUGCGCAGCUGCCUACUGAGACGAGCCCAGCCAAUGGCAGCCCCUCUGAGGAGCAGGCGGUGCAAUCCAGCCGCAAGAAGCGAGGACAGCCGAGCAACAAGGAUGUGGCCCUGAUCAUCCCCAAGAGAAUCAGGAAAGCAACCAAGCGCGAGAUGCUCCUGUGCGAUUUCGAGGGCUGCGGCAAGAUCUUCUCCAACCGCCAGUACCUGAACUACCACAGGAAAUACCAGCACGUGCACCAGAAGACCUUCACCUGCUCCGAGCCCAGCUGCGGCAAAUCCUUCAACUUCAAGAAACACCUGAAGGAGCAUGAGAAGCUGCACAGCGACAAACGGGAUUACAUCUGUGAGUACUGCGCCCGCCCCUUCCGCACCAGCAGCAACUUGAUCAUCCACAGACGCAUCCACACGGGGGAGAAACCCAUACAAUGUGUGAUCUGCGGCUUCACCUGCCGUCAGAAGGCCUCCCUCAACUGGCACAUGAAGAAGCAUGACGCCGACUCCUUCUACCAGUUCUCCUGCGACAUCUGCGGCAAGAAGUUUGAGAAGAAGGACAACGUCACUGCGCACAAGAGCAAGAGCCAUCCCGAGGUGGCUGCCGGCCCGGCCCAGCCCAUGCCGGAAAUGCCAGAACCCGCCCACCAGGACGCGCCAUCCCCGCCCCCCACCCUCACUGAGGAGACACCGUCCGAUGACCACCCUGAUGGGCCAUGCCCACUUGUCACAGAGCAGCUGGAAAUCCCUGCACUGAGCCAUUCCAAGAUGGAGAAGGCGGAAAGGCCGGUGUCCCCUAUUGCAGCCUCCGCCAAGUAACGGGCCACACCGAGCGGGAUCCGGGUCUGACCAGCGCUUGGGGGCUGAGCCACGGGGGAUGUCGGCAGAGAUGAUCCCAGCAGGAUCCUGCCUUCCAGCUGGACUCUGCUGAGGGUGCGACAUAAAGCACUUAGCAGAGGGGUGGGGAUAACGACUGAACCAUGGCAGGAGACGGUAGCGGCAGAUCUGAAAUCCUGCCCAGGCACUGAGAGUAUGGGGACAGGGAGGCAAACCCCCGCAGCCAUGCACAGUCUCCCCACACCAGUCAGUAGAGCGCAGACUCUCUGUGGGCCAAGAGGACUGUGACACCAGGCAAAGGGUCUCACCUUCUCUGGGGCAGGGGAGCUCUGAAGAAAGAUCCUGAGGUUCGCCCUCCCCAGGAAAAGGCCUCAGUUUUGCUACUCUCGGCUUGGGGGGGUUGGACAAAUCCUCAAUAAAGAAUUAUUUUGUGUAAUGCCUGGGGCAGGGAGAGCGUCUUCUCUCAUGGCGCUGCUGGUUCUGCCAGCGUGGGUGGGGCAAGGGUGAGGGUAGGUGAGCCUGCCUUCAUCCCAAUGGCCACAGCUCCUGCUGCCGUUUCCCCGCCAUUUUCCUAUGAAAUUACCG